AUGAUUAUUGAUACAACAGAAGUACAAGAUAUCAAUUCUUUUUUCAGAUUGGAAUCUUUAAAGGAGGUCUAUGGAAUUCUAUGGGUAUUUGCCCCUAUCUUUACUCUUGUAUUGGGAAUCACCAUAAGUGUACUAGCAAUUGUAUGGUUAGAAAGAGAAAUAUCCGCAGGUAUACAACAGCGGAUUGGACCUGAAUACGCGGGUCCUUUGGGAGUUCUUCAAGCUCUAGCAGAUGGAACAAAACUACUUUUCAAAGAGAGUCUUAUUCCAUCUAGGGGAGAUACUCGUUUAUUCAGUAUCGGACCAUCCAUAUCAGUUAUAUCCAUUAUAAUAAGCUAUUCGGUAAUUCCUUUUGGAUAUAAUUUUGUUUUAUCCGAUCUCAAUAUCGGUGUUUUUUUAUGGAUUUCUAUUUCGAGUAUUGCUCCGAUUGGACUUCUUAUGUCAGGAUAUGGAUCAAAUAAUAAAUAUUCCUUUUUGGGUGGUCUACGAGCUGCUGCUCAAUCGAUUAGUUAUGAAAUACCAUUAACUCUAUGUGUGUUAUCAAUAUCUCUACUAACUAAUAGUUUAAGUACAGUUGAUAUAGUUGAUGCACAAUCAAAAUAUGGUUUUUUGGGGUGGAAUUUGUGGCGGCAACCUAUAGGUUUCGUCGUUUUUCUAAUUUCUUCCCUAGCAGAAUGUGAAAGAUUACCUUUUGAUUUACCAGAAGCGGAAGAAGAAUUAGUAGCGGGUUAUCAAACCGAAUAUUCGGGUAUCAAAUUUGGUUUAUUUUAUGUUGCUUCCUAUUUAAACCUAUUAAUUUCUUCAUUAUUUGUAACAGUUCUUUACUUGGGCGGUUCAAAUAUCUCUAUUCCGUACCUAUUAAUUUCUGAGUCUUUUGAAAUAACUAAAGCAUAUGGAGUUUUUGGAACUACAAUUGAUAUCUUUAUCACAUUAGCUAAAACUUAUUUGUUUUUGUUCCUUUCUAUCACAGCAAGAUGGACUUUGCCUAGGCUAAGAAUGGACCAAUUAUUAAAUCUUGGGUGGAAAUUUCUUUUACCUAUUUCUCUCGGCAAUCUAUUAUUAACAACUUCGUCUCAACUAUUUUCACUGUAA